GCGCGCACACCCAAGUCCUCUCUCUCCUCUCUCUCUCUCUCUCUCUCCUAACUCCCUCACGCCUCCUCCCCCCUCGGCCCCUCCCUCGUCCCCCUGGCCCCCUCCCAUUCAACCGAUUCUAUCUCUCAUCAAUCAAGCACCUAUGAUUUGCGGACAUGAUUCACCGGAACGCGAAGGUGUUUUGUUCGGACAUGGGAGUGUUGGAUGCAGAAUUUUGAUUGUAGUGGUGUUAUGAAUUAUGCCAGAUAAAGGGACUGCAAUGAAUAAAGUUUCGAUAGCUUCAGGUGGAUAACAGAGAUAUCUCAAUUGAAAUGGGAGGCUGUUGCUGCUGUUCUUCUAAAGGAGUAGGAGUGAACCGUUCACCAGCGUUCUAUCAUUAUCCAAGAGCGUCAGAGGAGCGUGAGCCCUUAUCAUCUCAUCAUGGCACGGUGGCUGCACUCUCUACAGGGCUCUUAGUCAACACCAAUUUGGAAACUUCAUCUCCUGACACUUACAGACCUCCUCCAGCACCGUUGCCAUACGAUGUGAAUCUAGGCCGUCCUCAAACACCACCAAGUAAUCAAGAAACUUGUGGCAACAAGAAUGAUGCCCCAGUGCAUACUGCAAAUACUGGAACUGUUGACGAAACAAUUUCUGGCAAUGACAUCCUGGAAACACUAGAUGAACUCCUGAAGAAAUCUGACUACAAAGUGGAAAAGGAUACAGAACUAGCCUCAUCAAUGGAGAUAGAAGUUGAACUUGAGAAGUCUGGGGAACUAAAAAAGUCCAGUGAACCUUUUGUUUUGGUUGGAGAGGAAUGUCCCACCUGUCUUGAAGAGUAUGAUGAUGAUAAUCCAAAAAUCAUCACAAAUUGUGAGCAUCAUUUUCACCUUGCAUGCAUUCUCGAAUGGAUGGAAAGGAGCGACACUUGUCCAGUGUGUGAUCAGGAAAUGAUAUUCACUCCCCCUGUCGAUGUCUAGCUAUCUGCUACUCUUCAAUGGAAGUUCUUACCUCUCCACGAUUGAAGUUCUGAGUAAGAGUUUAUAAUGGGGUGGGGGGAGAGUUUUCAUUUUCUCUUUUUUUCUUUUCGGUGAGUUUUGUCUAUAUACUCAUUUUACUGCUUAAAAUCUCUCUUAAAUGCCAAGUAUCAUUGCGAGUUCAUUUUCUUGAGCUUGGGCAAAAUAUAUGAUACAAGAAAGGAAAGCGAAAACCAAAGGGAGAUCACCAUGAUACAAUACCCUAGGUCCAUUUUCUGUAAAUUCAUUCUUGGUUUUUACAUAUCAGAUUAUCUGCGACAUAACUGAGGACUUGCAUAGAAUUGAAAGGAAUAGAAUUGCUAGCUUGAUCUUUUGCGUAACAAAA